GUCGAGUGAGUUAUCAAGUAACUGGCUGGUUGUGAGUCGUGAGAUGUGACUAGCCCGAUACAGCUUUUAUAAACGAAAACCGUAUAAUCAAUACUUAUUUUGUUUCCGUGAUAAUUAAUACUACUUACGUUUUGUCUUCAAGGAAAUCAGCAAUGAUAUUAUCUUGUGUUUAAAACUGUGCGUAUAUCUCAAAAUGCGGUGUAAAUAUAAAAUGGCAGUGUUAUAGUGUAUUUUACUAUCUCAACAUUUUAGGAGCCAUUUACACAUGGUGAAAAGUCACGUAGACUUUUACUUCAAGUGAAAUGUUUUACUAUCGUGAAAUUCAAUUAUUGGGUUAAUAGUGUGGCUUUAUUUUGUCAACAAAAAUGGAUAGCAAAAAUAUACAGAAAAAUGCCAUGCAUAAAAGUGCAGAAUUCACUUUCACUCCACCACCCGAAGCGCCUGUGUUUGAACCUACGCCCGAAGAAUUCUUGGAUCCACUCGGAUAUAUAGCAAAAAUUCGUCCUGUUGCAGAAAAAACAGGCAUCUGUAAAAUAAAGCCUCCGUCACGCUGGCAGCCACCUUUUUCUUUAGACGUGGACAAAUUGAAAUUUGUUCCUAGGAUACAGAAAGUGAACGAGUUGGAAGCCAUAACGCGUCUAAAACUUUUGUUUCUCGAGAAGAUUUUAAAGUUUUGGGAACUUCAAGGAUCGCCAUUGAAAAUACCCAUGAUUGAAAAUAAAACCUUAGAUUUGUACUGUCUCAAAUUUUGGGUUGAUGAAGAAGGUGGUUUUGAAGCCUGCAAUAGUCCCAAAAAAUGGCGUAAGAUUGCUAAUGCCAUGGGUUACAGUCAACACACUAGUUCUAUGAAUUUUCUAAGGAGCAAUUAUGAAAAAAUUUUGCUUCCCUAUGAAAUAUUUGAAAAAAGUAAAGCUGAUAUAUUAAAAACUGUGAAGAAGUCUGAGCCCAAAUUUGAAGUAAAAGAAGAUGAAGUUGGGAAGCCACAGAUUAUUGAAGUACCAAUAGAACGAAUAACAAAGAUCAAAGUAGACUUAGAUUUUGAUGAAGAUAAGCCUCACACAAGUAUUAAAAAAACUAAGACAGGGUCUGAUAUCAAACCUGAUGUUGAUAGCUUAAAGAACAAAGUUGAGACUGAAGAGGUAAAACGCAACAGAGAGCUACGAAGAUUAGCCUGUUAUGGACCAGGGCCCAAAAUGCCUGGUCUUAAUGAUGAAGAGUUUGAUAUUACAAAGUCGAGGAAGAGGCCCCGCUAUGAUCUGGAUCCUCUUGCUGUUUACCAAUGUGCAAUAUGCCAAAAAGAUCACAGGGAUGACUUGCUAUUAAUUUGCAAUGGUUGUUCUGACACUUAUCAUACAUUUUGUUUAAGACCUCCAUUGAAUGCAGUACCUGAUGGAGAUUGGCGUUGCCCUUGUUGCAUAGCUGAGGAGGUCCAUAAACCAGCAGAAGCAUUUGGGUUUGCUCAGGCAGAAAGAGAAUACACAUUACAACAAUUUGGAGAAAUGGCAGAUAAAUUUAAAUCAGACUAUUUUGCUAUGUCUGGCCAUUUAGUUCCAACAACAGUGGCUGAAAAGGAAUUUUGGAGGAUUAUUUCAUCAGUGGAAGAAGAUGUAACAGUAGAAUAUGGUGCAGACCUUCACUCAAUGGAUCAUGGAUCUGGUUUUCCAACAAAAUCUUCACUCAAUCUUUAUCCUGGUGAUCAAGAAUAUGUAGAUUCAGGGUGGAACUUAAAUAAUUUACCAGUACUAGAUGGUUCUGUUUUAAGAUUUAUUAAUGCUGACAUAUCUGGGAUGACUGUACCUUGGAUGUAUGUUGGUAUGUGCUUUUCAGCAUUUUGCUGGCAUAAUGAAGACCACUGGAGCUAUUCAAUAAAUUAUUUGCAUUGGGGUGAGGCUAAAACCUGGUACGGCGUACCAGGCAGUGGUGCUGAAUUGUUGGAAAAUGCCAUGAAAGCAGCAGCACCUGAUCUCUUCAAAUCACAACCAGAUUUAUUGCACCAGCUUGUAACGAUCAUGAACCCAAAUAUUUUGAUGGCGGCUGGGGUACCAAUUUAUAGGACUGAUCAGCAUGCUGGAGAAUUUGUAGUCACCUUCCCCAGAGCAUAUCAUGCUGGCUUCAACCAAGGUUAUAAUUUUGCUGAAGCAGUUAAUUUUGCUCCACCUGAUUGGCUCAAGAUAGGACGAGAGUGUAUAACUCACUACAAAAAUCUAAAAAGGUUUUGUGUCUUUUCACAUGAUGAAUUGAUUUGCAAAAUGGCUUUGGAAGGGGAUAGACUAGAUUUGGAGACUGCACUAGAAACACAAAAAGAAUUAGUCAGAGCUACUGCAGAAGAAGGGAGUCUAAGAGCUCACAUAGCAAAAAAGGGACUUAAGAGUGUUCGUAGGACUGCAUUUGAGUUGCUCGGUGAUGAUGAACGGCUCUGUGAAGUGUGCAAAACAACAUGUUUCUUAUCUUCAGUAUCAUGUAGUGAUUGUAAACACAUGGUUUGUCUGCAGCAUGCUGAUGACUUAUGCAAAUGCCCUCUGGAGAAAAAGACAUUAAACUAUCGCUAUGAUAUGGAUGAACUGCACAUUAUGCUACAGACUAUAGACUUUAGAGUAAAUAGUUUUGAUAAAUGGAUGACAGAAACAAAAAAAAUAUUACUUCCUACUGCACCCGACAUUGGGAGGCUCCAAAAAUUAAAAUUGUUGAUUGAUGAAGCUGAGGAACUUAAAAUACCAAAGUGUGCCCUGUUGGCGCAACUAAAAGAAGAGUAUACAAAGGCAACAGAAAAUGUUGAACCAAUAGUUAUAGAAUUAGAUGAUGAUUAAGUUAGCAUUAUUUUUUCCUUUAUAGGUACCUACAAACUAAUAUUGAUUACUAUGUAUAUUGUGUAACUUGUAAUUAUGCAAGAUUAAACAUACUCUUGGAUGUAAUGUCUAUCAUACAUUCUUAUCAAUUUUAUGUUCUCAUCACAGUAAGGCAGCUUUAAGUAUUGUGCUCUGAUGUUUGGUUUUUUCUCCAUUAUUUCUAAACUGGGUACUUAUUUUUCAUCUUUGUAAAAUAAUUAUAGUUAUAAAUGUGUUAAUAUUACAUUGAAAAUAAGAAGUAAAUGAACAUUCAUUAUAAUGAAAUGUGUAAUUCUAUGGCUAUAUAAUGUAUAUUUGAAACCUGUGAUUAGGAACUUUUACUAUGUAAAUAUCACAGCUUUCUAUUUCUUGUCAUGUUACAGUAGAAAUAUUGUAUAAUUGUAGUGUUUUCCCACCGUAUCAUAAUAUAUAAGAUUUUGAGAUAAUUUUAGUUUCAAAUAAAUUAUAUUUGAUUUUUAUUAUUUUCUUAAUGGUAUUAGAAUCUAGAUUCAUGAUAGUUGAUGGCAAUGGAGCAAAUAGUUGAGAACUAAUUUGAUAUUAAAACAUGUCCUCUUCAUUUAGAAAUGUACACUUUGGGAAGGUAAAGAUGUCUUUACAUUAUAGUUGUGUUUAUUGAAUCGAAAAUGUGGACCCAACACAUAUGUGGCCACGUGAAUGUUAGUUUAAAAUUGAUUAGGUCGUUUAUUUACUGCACAGUCUCGCUUUUACUAAUGAUGAAUAUACUGUUGCAAACCAUGUACCUUCAAACACAGUAAGGAUUAAAUAUAACAUUCGGAUUAUAGUUGUACUAUUAUAGCGCCAGUUUUAACUUCAGUCUAUAAUAAUACCUACCUAACAUUUUUGGAAACAAGUCUACUGAUUGUAUGAAAAGUAUAAAAAUAUAUGUUUUCUAUUUGUUUUCAAGAAAAAUAGAUAUUUGUAAUUCUUGUUACAAUUUAGGUGUGUUGAUCUCAAUUAGUAAUCAGCAUUAUAAAUAUAUGUCAUCACAAACAAGCUUUAUUAUUUAUUAACCUUUUUGUGGAAACAAGGUUUCAAGCUAUAUUUAUGAUGUUGAGAGUACUGUCGAAAUAGUUCACGCUAUACACAUGGAAAUGUUAUUUAUAAGUAUGUUUGUGGGUGUGUCAGGCAAAUAGGCACUGAGGUAGAAUUACCUUGUUGAGUGCAACUUUUGAUUAGGUAGGAACUCUAAAAAUAUAAUGAUAUUUCUCUUAUGUUGCCUGCAUUUAUACAUUUUUUUGUACACCCAGUUAUAGGUAUAUUUUAAUUAAUGUAGUAUUGAUUAAAAAUAGAAGAUAAUGUGUAAAUGUAUGUUUCGGAAGUAAAUACCUACCGUUUAUUAUAAUAUAAAAUAGUUGAUGUUGAUUGCAUAACUGGCUAUGAAAUGUGUAUAAGAGUGUGUUUAUGUCUGAAAAUAAUUAGCCUUUAAUAUAUACUGUAAUUUACUAAGAUAAAUAUCAAUUUUGAUGUUUAUAUUACUUAAGUAAAUAUCAGUGAUAUUUAUUGUAGUUAAUUACAAGUAAGAUUCACUUUAAACCUGACAAUUAUAAACUUGCCCAUCUGAUGCUCCUAGUGUGUGUAACUAAUAUAAAUCAACUAAAAAUUACUUCCUAAUUUCAUAAUCGCUGGCCUAAAAUGGCACUUAUUUAAGACAUUUCUGAUAUAAUUAUAACAACCUGUGUAAGGGUGCGUUUAGACUAAACGCACAUUCACAUUGUUUUGUGUUAUUUCUGUAUUCAAUAUUUUUAAUGUAAACAGACGCAGUCAAUUCUGUCGCUGUUUUCUCUAAAAUAAUUGUAUAGGCUGGGCUAUAUUCCCUCAUUUGGUUUAAAACGCACCGUAACACAAUGGAUCUAAAAGAGCAACAAUUUCGUUAGGUUUAUUUUUGUUUGUUUUGAUAAUAAGUUCACUUAUAGCGCAUCAUUUGGUAUUUAUGUGAUCGAGAUCCACGAAUUAACCAGUUUAUUUAUUCGUGUUUAUCAUAGCUAACAGUUUAAAUAAAAGACACCUUAACAUACACCUGCCACAAUGAUCCUUAAUAGUAAUAAGGCCAAUACAAAGAUGUACGCCAUUUAUUGACUGACUGCUUGUAUUCAUAGGAAUUUAGUUUUUUAAUUUAGGUGAACAUAAUUAUAUGUAUUACGUACCUUACAGUGGAAUGUGACUAGUAAAUUAUUUUUGCGUUGUGUGAUUUAAUACUGUGAUUACAAAAUUUUAUUUGCUUCUGACAUAAUAUGUAAAAUAAUGAAGAAUGUGAGUAUUAAUUUCAACAGAUUUAAAUUAAUUAAAUUCUUAUAUUAUUAAA